AUGGAAGACUGCCUCCAUACAUCUUCCGAAAACCUUUCCAAGCUGGUCAGUUGGGCCCACAGUCAUGGUACCAUUUGCAGCCUCAUUCCAAAUUUAAAACACCUCCUUUCAGAGGGUUCCCAUGGCAACCUGACAGCUAUGUGGGGCUGUAGUGCAGGCCAUGCCUAUCACUGGCCACUGACAGCUACUUGUAGGGCUGGCUCACAGGAAAGAGUUUGUUUCCAGGAUAACAGAAGUUUCAACUCGGAUAGUCCCAGCAUAAUCGGCAUGCCUUCAGACCCCCAAGUUAGCCCGGUGGAACGCUAUCCAGGGAGGUCAGGAAAAGCAAAGUUGGACUGUAACAGAACCAGAGAUUCCUGCGAUUUCUCCUACUGCAGUGAGCCUUCCGAAUUGGAUGAAACAGUGGAGGAAUACGAAGAUGAAUCUAAUCUUUUUGACAUGGUCUGUGAGUCCUCGGUGACCGAUGAAGAUAGCGAUUUUGAACCUCAUCGUCAAAGAUCUCAGAUAAAUUCCCUUAAAAGGUCUGGCCCAUCUUCUUCGCUACAUUUGGACUCUCAGUCUGAGGUCAUUGAUGGAAGCAGCAGUGAUGUUUUAGCUAAAAAAAUAAAGCAAGAACUCCCCGAGGAUUAUUAUAUCGUGGCGAAUGCCGAAAUCACUGGUGGCAUUGAUGGCCCUGCAUUGUCCUUGACACACAUGUCAAAACCUAAAGGUGGAACCUCCUAUCCUGUGGCAUCUAAGCUAAGUUCUCACUCAUCUCCUUCCUUCAGUGCUGACUUGGAUUUACAGAAUGUUUCAGCCUCUUCACAUGUUACAUCGAGGCCAGUGACCCAGAAACCUCCCAAACUCAAUCUGCCUUCCUCAAGCAGAAGGCCUGGUAACAUCCCGACUGUAAAUCCUCAGGUGGCCCUCCAGGUGCCUGCCAGCACUUCUAAUUCUGGCAAACCUAUCAGCAUUCCUUUAUCAGCCUUGCAGUUUCCUGGGCAAGAAGAGCUGUCGGCCUCAGAAGAUCUCCAGCCUGGCCCAAAUCAAGCUUCCAACGAUGUAGCAUUGUCUCCUUCUGUUAGCACGGAGCCAGAGGUUAGUUCUAGCCAGCAGCAGCCGAGCACUGCUCCCAGCGCAGUCACUGAACCGGUGGCACAGACAAUAGCAGACCAAGAUGAGAGAGCUGCCGAACUUAGUAGAGAGCAAAAUGAGAAAACUAUUCGCAGUACCCAGACAGCUCUCCGAAACUUCAGAGAGUUUCUCAUCUCUAAGUAUCCUUCAGAAACCAGGGAGAUCUACAUUAUUCCUUGCAAAGAACUAGAUGCUUACCUAGCAUCCUUUUUUGUCGAUGCCCGGCAGAAGGAUGGUUCAGAAUAUGAGCCAAACAGCUUGGCCAACUACCAGUGUGGGCUGGAGCGCUAUCUCAAAGAGCAUCGAUAUGCAUACAGCAUCACCCGAGACAAGGAAUUCAAGAGGUCCCAGGAAGCACUGAAGCAGAAGCAGAUGGAACUGAGGUGCAAAGGCAAAGGCAACAAGCCGCACAAAUCAAUGAAACUUACUUUUGCCGAUGAGCUGAUUCUCCGCAAAAGAGGCCUGCUAAGCCGAUAUAAUCCUGAGGGAUUGCUGAACCUUGUCUGGCUCAACAACACAAAGGCCUUUGGCCAUUGUACUGGCUUCCACGGGUCGACUCUCAAAUGGGGGGACAUUAGACUUCGGGUGACAGAGACCGGCUUAGAAUACUUGGAAUGGAUGGGCCAAGAUGGCAGCGAUGGGAAUUCCAAGAUUAAGAGAACAGGCACAGAUUCCCGAGUGUAUGCCACUCAGCAUGCUCCACAGACUUGCCCCGUGCAAGAUUAUAAGGAAUACGCACAAAGGCGUCCCCCCGCGAUGCGGUACGAGGAUGCCCCUUUCUACUUAUCCAUUAAGCCGGUUGUUAAUCUAGCUGCAUUACACUGGUACAAUUGCCAGGCCCUAGGUAAGAACAAAUUAGCCAAGAUGGUCAAGACUAUGUGUGAGAAAGGGAAUAUUCCUGGAAGGAAGACCAACUUCAGUGUGUACCAGAGCUGCAGCACCCUCUCAGAAGCCCAGAGUAACCAGCUGGUGCUAAUCUGCAACAACCUAAGCCAACAGGCCGCUCAGUCCGUAGCAAGUCAUUCUAGUACUGGCAACUUCAUAGUGUCUGCAUCUUAUGACUCUUCUUCGGAUACAGCUUGAAAGGACAC